AUGGUAUGCGGUGAAAUCGAGACAAAAUAUGAUGUACGCUAUGUGCCAGAAUUAUUAAAGCCAUUAGCGUGGCUAAUUGGAAUUUGGCGUGCCGAAUCUGGUGGCAAAGCAAUCUUUCCAACAAUACCUGUAUUUACAUAUGGAGAACAAAUUGAAUUUUCAUUACCAACUUCCAGUUUAAAAGCCCUUAAAGCACUCAACUAUACAGCUUUUGCAUGGGAUAUGAAUAAUCGUGAGGAGUUACAUAGUGAAUAUGGUUUUAUAACAAUAAAACCAAAUACGAAAGAAGUUGCUCUGUCAACUGUUAUGAACAAUGGCUUUGUAAUGAUUGAGCAAGGCCCAUUACUCGGGAAGUCAGUCAAACUUGCUUUAGAAGAUAUUGGUCGAAUAAGUUUUAGCCGAGAUCUACCAGUACAUGGGACAAUUCGACAAUUUCGAUUGUUGGAUAGCGAAACGCUUGAACAACGAUUUAUGAUGGAAACGUUAACACAUCGAAUGCAAAUGCAUACUUCUAUUCGAUAUAAAAAAAUUUACCCGAAAUAA